GAUUUUAACUCGGUGAAUAAAAUCAAAUCAAAAAUAAAAAAGCAGAAGAAAAAUGCAGACAAUUAAAUGUGUUGUUGUUGGUGAUGGUGCUGUUGGUAAAACAUGUUUGCUCAUCUCAUAUACAACAAAUAAAUUCCCUUCUGAAUAUGUGCCUACAGUUUUCGAUAAUUAUGCCGUCACCGUUAUGAUUGGUGGUGAACCAUAUACAUUAGGUUUAUUCGAUACGGCCGGUCAAGAAGAUUAUGAUCGUUUACGUCCAUUAAGCUAUCCACAAACCGAUGUAUUUCUUGUCUGUUUUUCUGUUGUAUCACCAUCAUCGUUUGAAAAUGUUCGUGAAAAAUGGGUACCGGAGAUAACACAUCAUUGCCAGAAAACACCAUUUUUAUUAGUUGGUACACAAAUCGAUCUACGUGAUGAAGCAUCAACAAUAGAAAAAUUAUCGAAAAAUAAACAGAAACCAAUUACACCGGAAGCUGGUGAAAAAUUGGCCAAAGAAUUAAAAGCGGUUAAAUAUGUUGAAUGUUCAGCAUUGACACAGAGAGGAUUAAAAAAUGUAUUUGAUGAGGCAAUUUUGGCCGCAUUGGAACCACCACAACCAAAACGUAAACGAAAAUGUACCAUAAUCUAAAAAUUUCUUCUCCACUAGAGACAGAAUUCAACAAAAAAAAAUAAAAAUAAAACAGGAAUAAAUGAUUUA